AUGAGCGACCUGUGUGAUUACCCCACUGCCAAAGGCCGUGCCCUUGGUACUAUCUCUGCUGAUGGUAUGUCAGCUAUGCUCGGCAACGAUGAAAAAGCCCAGGUCUUUUCGGACGUUGAGAUCACAUCGAAUUGCACUGCUCUUAUCCUUGGCAUCGCUGGUACCAUCUCAAGUGCUCGUGGCGGAGGGAAUACCACAUUAACUGGGACUGGACAUCUCAAAAAUUUUAAUGCUGGUAUUAUGGAAGCCUUGCCUCAUGCUUUUAUGAAGACUGCUAUUGACUCUCACGCACCCGGCAUUAGAGCGAGUCGAGAUGUGCAGACUUCUUUCCAGCCAUCAAGCAUCCUGAGGUAUUUAGCCUACACAUUAACUGCUAGUUAUAACACUGCCAAAAUCAUCCCCCAAAAGUCAACCAGCAGUAACUCCAUAGGUUGA